CAUGAUAACGCGUUUGGGUUGAAUUUAAGCUUUAUGUGUGUCCCUUUUGCGUAAUUCUGUAUGAAUAGAUUAAAUAAAAUACGUCGACACGUUAUUUUAGCCGGUAAGGCAUUUUGUUGUUAUUACCGUAUUGAUUAUAUUACGAUAUAAGAGAAUCGAUAUCCCCCUUCUUGCCCGCUGAUUUAAAUCGCCCCUUCGACAUGGAGGCAGGGCAGAAACAUGGCUUCUUGACGGGUGCUGGAAUAUUCGUCCCAGAAGUGAGGGCAUCCACGGAUUUAAGCAUCGCAGGUACCAGGGCAGUGGGCAUUUCCCGCUGAAGAGAUGGCGUUCAUGUCGAGGUUUUCGCGGUCGCGGAGCAGCUCCAGGUCCCCGAGCCGAAAGGAGGCGGACGGGGGCUCGCCGGUGCUGACGGUGGCCGAGCUUGAGCGGCUCCUUUGCACGGGGAAGACCGCUUGCAAUCACGCAGACGAAGUGUGGCCAAACCUCUACAUCGGAGAUCAGGACAUCGCAGCCGACCGUCGCGAAUUAUCCAGACUGGGCAUCACGCACAUCCUGAACUGCGCGCACAGCAGGUGGCGGGCCGGUGCGGAGUACUACGACGGCAUGCGCAUCACCUACCAGGGCAUCGAAGCUCACGACUCUCCCACGUUUGACAUGAGUGUUAACUUUUACCCUGCAGCUGAGUUCAUACACAAAGCCCUCUGCAGUGGAGGGAAGAUCCUGGUUCACUGUGCCGUGGGUGUAAGUCGCUCUGCUACACUGGUGCUGGCCUACCUGAUGAUCCGGCAGAACAUGACCCUGGUGGAGGCGAUCAAGACGGUGAAAGGUCAUCGCGGGGUGGUGCCCAACCGUGGAUUUCUGCGGCAGCUCAGCGGGCUGGACAGCAUCCUGAGAGCCAGUCGCAAGGUCUAGGGCUUUGGGUGAGAUGCAUGGGCCCCAAGAUGGUAGAAAAGCACCAGCCUUUCAACACCUCUCAAAGACACAUCGUCUCCAAUUUGCAGAGGUGCCGCCCGAUCCGCCCUUAUAAACAUGUCUGUAGAACCUCUUACAGUCCAAAGAGCCUUUUACCGAAUCCGCCAUCCUGUUAGACAACAACGAGAGAGACUCCGGGGUGUUACAGGGCUGGUUAUGCAGCUCUUCCCAGCAGACACGCAAAUGCUCGGCUCGUAGCCUUCAGCCUGUGAGAUGUUUCAGUGUGUCACACUGCUGAAUUCAUCUGUUCUUGAGAACUAUACUAUACAGGCCUUGUUAUGCACUCAAACAAUUCAUCAGACUAGAAAGAUGUCAUUAUGUCGAAAAACCAAUGUAGUAUCUGGAUGGUGAUUAAAAUGAUUUCUACUUCUUAAAUCACAGGAAUAAUACAAGUCAUGACUCAGCCUUUUAAGUACCCAAACCGAGAUGGACAUUCAGCUUACAGGAGUUUUCAUCUGACUAGUGUCUUAGUCUCAUUAUGAGGGGAGUAAUUUUAACUGUUAUGCAUCUUGGGACCUCAGGGUGUUAAACUUAAGUAGUAAGGAGUGUAUUUGUGUUGGUGAACUUAACUUUUGGUCAGUCGCCUUGGUCUUUCAUUUCUGUAGGGAGCAUCUUCUACAAGCACACAGAUUAAUAACUUAAUUCAAUCUUUAGUUUGUUUUGACGUCACAUAGCCAAGGCCUUAAUCCAAAGAAACCUACAAUUUACAUCAUUUGUACAGCUGGGCAUUAAUACUACAGUGUAGUAUUAGUGUAGUGAAAACAUAACAUGAUAUUAGUUCACACACCGAGUAGGUACAUUGUCAGUUUGCUCUUCUGCACACUGUCAGCCAAGACCCCAUAUAUACCUAGCAUUGCGUGCCUGCUGGUCAGUUGUUAGUUAUGGUUAAUGGGUCCAGUGUCAUUUUUGAACGAGUGGUCUCUUCUGUGGAGUACUGGAUUCAGCUGAAAAGCCAGUGGAUGCUGAAAAACCAGUGGAUGAACAAAAGACAUGUAUGUAGUAAUAGAUUUGUUGAAGGUGAUUUUAUUAAGCUCAUGACUGCCAGGGAAACUGAAGACUGUGCUUAACAGGAAUAGGAUCAGCUUGUAGAUUCUGGAGCUGCUUCUCCGAGAAGAAGGCAUUGUAUCCUCAGUUAUCGGAGUGUUUGUCCAAGAGUCCGCUGCAAUGGACCAUGUGGAUGCACCUUGGAAUAAUUCUGCGACUCCAACAAUGAAAGUGUGGGAUGACUGUAGCUCCUUUGAAGAGAAAGUUACACCAUGUGAUCUGAGCGCAUGAUUUACCUCAAGUACCUUCAGCUGGGUGUCUCAGUGUUUCUCUUGUGAUUUUGUGUGAUUUUCCCUUCUGUACCUUGUUGGUUUCUCAUAGAUAUCAAAGUAAUUUUGUAGCAUUGAGUGGUUAACUAUUGUGUAGCUGACCAACUCCAGUGAGAUGUAGCAGACUGUAAAUAGAUGUGCUGUUGGUGUUGGGUAGAUCAUUAGCCUGUGAUUGUGCUCUCAGCUUUGUGGAAUGUUGACGUGUUAAUCUUAGUGGUAUUUCAAAGAACCUCUACUGGUCCGUUGAUGGGAUCUCACUAAGGAGACCUAGCCAGGGAUAAAAAAAAAAAAACAUUGAAAGAAGACGGUAUAUUCUAUAAUACUUUCAGCUUGCAUGUCCUGUAAGAAGGGUUUGUUUGCCAAACAGAAAGAGGAAGCAAAUCUGUACAACAGAUAAAAAUUGUCUUACACUAUAAUAAAUAGCUCUCAUUACCACUACCCAAUCAAAUGUAAACUCAAGCUAAGUGCUGUCUCCUUAGGACCGCAAGUCUUUGCUAAGAGACAUUUCAGCUUGAUAGAGUGAGGAUUGAAAAGGAGAGAGUCUCUGUGACUCUUGUUCUUGACAGGAAGUCGUCACCAAAAUGCCACAUUGCGUCUCGUCACAUCCGCUGCGCUCCUGCGGCAGUGCCAGGCUGCUCCUGCGGCAGUGCCAGGCUGCUCCUGCGGCAGUGCCAGGCUGCUCCCGCGCAAGACUCACACCUGUCGCCCACAUGCUGUGUUUUUCCUGUCAGCUGUAUGUUUGGAGGCUGGCAUGCGUCCUUGUUUAUGUUGCAUUAAGGUUCACGAGUAUCCGACAGCGCACAUAAUCUACAGCAGGUCAGUUCACAAGUACGGCCCUUGCGCAUAGAUGUCUCCCAUCACUGACUCAGCCGAUCAUUAAGCCUUAUUACUGUAAACCACUUGUGAAAUGUACCCCCUGGCCAAGUCUCACACAAGUUUCGAACCGUCAUAGGAGACGAGGUCUAUGAGCAAGAAAAAGGACUCUGUUUGCUUAUCAUAGCAUAGAAACUGAUUUGCUCCUUUCAUUGUCUGCUGAAGGUCCCUUGAGCGUUAGUAGAAUGUGCUCACUGCUAAUGAUUGUCCGCGUCAAGCUCAUGCGUCUCAGUCAGCUAGGUGAUACUCCGAGUGAAAUCUUCCUGGGAAGGACAGGGAUAGACUCAGUAUCCGCAUAGCGGUUCCCUGUUUACAGGUCGGGAUCAAAUUAUGCAUAUCUAAGAAGUUCAUUUAAUAUUAAUAGCAACAAAAAUGGGUUAAUCCUUCUGCAACAACUGAGAUGUUGUUACCCGAAUGUCUACUAUUUUUUUAUAUAUAUAAAAUUUGAAAACAAUUUUACUUUGGUAUGGGAGCAUCGUUAUGUGACGUUGAGGAUUUCUCAGGUCAGUGUUUUCACAGUGCACUUCCUUUGAGCUUAUCAGUGUGUCCCGUAAAAGCGUCCUCUCAAGAUCAGUCAUUUUUAGUUCAUCACCCUUCAGUGAGAAUAAUAUUGUUUGGGUUCCACUGUACUCUCACUGCAAGGUUAAAUUGAAGCGCCGAGUAUUUGUUAUGGUUUAUUUUUAUAUGUUCCAAGUUUGCUGACCAAAAGUGAAAUCCGUUUAUGCCUAGGGUUGCGAAACUCUGGGAAUUUUCCCGUUAAUUCCCAUAUAUCCUCGUUAAUUCCCAUGGAAGGUUUCCAACUUGGAAUAUUUUCAGGAUCCCCAGCUUAACUUCCCAUGGAAUGGGAGGUUUCUGGACAUUUAGGAUCCCCAGCUUAACUUCCCAUGGAAUGGGAGGUUUCUGGACAUUUAGGAUUCCCAGCUUAACUUCCCAUGGAAUGGGAGGUUUCUGGACAUUUAGGAUCCCCAGCUUAACUUCCCAUGGAAUGGGAGGUUUCUGGACAUUUAGGAUCCCCAGCUUAACUUCCCAUGGAAUGGGAGGUUUCUGGACAUUUAGGAUCCCCAGCUUAACUUCCCAUGGAAUGGGAGGUUUCUGGACAUUUAGGAUCCCCAGCUUAACUUCCCAUGGAAUGGGAGGUUUCUGGACAUUUAGGAUUCCCAGCUUAACUUCCCAUGGAAUGGGAGGUUUCUGGACAUUUUCCACCCCUUAGCGACACAAGUCACGCUUGUUUAAUUUCAGAUUGUGUUUCUUCUAAGUUGCCUAAGAAUCUCGGUUUAUAUGUCAUUCUCAGCACAGUUAACAACAGCAGCUCUCUGAACACCUAGAGUAAUUGCUAGUUCAACGCAAGCGUAACUUGAUUCUCUAAAACCUUUAAACUGAAAUUUAAACAUAUGCAUCUUUAAGCAAAAACACCAGAAGGUCGUCAGUUUGAGUCCAUCCUAUAUAGGACGUGACCAGCUAGAGAUCUGUGUUUCUAUUGCCUGUGUAUUAAUGUGAAUUGUGUUGUAUUAUUAAGUCAGUUGUGUUUGCAGUAUCUUUUCUAGUGAAUAGCUAUCAUAUUGUAUGCUUACCAGUGUGUAUGUCUGUAGUGUGUGUGUGUGUGUGUCUGUGUGUGUAUAUAUACAUACACACACACACACGCACACAUAUAUAUACAGCUUAGGUGCUAUACGCUGUCCAAUGCCAAGGACCCUGCUGAACAAUCAUAAAAUUGAAUUUCAGCCUCCGAAAGACAAAACCAACAUACUCUAACAAAUGGGAUUUGCCUGUAUGUGAGAUCAGAGGCUCUUUUCCAGGGCCCUCAAGUUUGAUCUUCCUGUUAUUAAUAAUUUUUAUCGCUUAUUCAAUGGCCUUAUGGGUAACACUUUUUUAAUAUAGAUGCCUUGAUGUUACCUUUUUAAGAGAUGAUUUGAUCUUGCGUAGAGCUGAACGUGAAAGGUUAUGUCAUUUCAAGGCAGGAACAGGCCAAAAACAUCCCUUCGUGGGACUCAUGCCUUGUCAUAAAGGACAAGGCUUGGAAUCGGCAGAUUUGAACCAGCAGGGGGCGCUGUGUGCACAACUGUGUCUGGAAUCUGUAAAUGGAAAAUUAGGCAAAACUGCAGAAAGACAACAUAGGAUGGCUGAAAUGCCUGCCAGAGGCACUGGGGACUGUGCUACUCACUCUGCCAACGUGCCGAGAAUGUAGAUCGUCAAGGCAGCUUUCCAGGAUUAGAAUAUAUUGAUGUGAUUUCAAGCACAUUGAUCUUAAUUCACACCUGUCUCACCAGACUCUAGAUGUCAUCAAAAAAAAAAAAAGAGGCAUGCUUUAAUUUAACAAACACUGAAGAUGAAAGUAUUUUUGUGGAGUAUUUUUGUUUAAUUUUACAAACAUGCAGGUUGUCUUUCAGCCUCUAGUUGGCGCUGUUGGUUUCGGGAAACAACUAAUUGGUCAAAUACAGAUGAGGUGCUGGAUAACUACACAAAAAAAAACGUGUAAAAGGGAUUUCAGCUUAGCUCGACUAAGUGGGACGCGGAUCGUUACGCGGGAUUCACAUGCGACUCGGUGGCGUUCUGUGGUUUUUGCGUAUAGAUAUGGUGUCGUAGACCAUUGGCUUUUUGCACCUUCUUGGCAUAGAAUCUUGAGCAAUCUGUUUCUACAUUAGUACCAACUUGUUUUAAACAAAAAACCUUCAGCAGGAAUACUUGAAUUAUUUGUACUGAUUGUUAUUUUUGUAUCACCAGAACAUGUGAAAGUAUUUGGAAACAAUGUAGGUGAUUAUGAUGCCUUAAAUAUAUUUCAGAUUUUUGCCUAUUUCUUCACUGAACUCUUACUACUCACGGUGUUGUUGCAUUUUAAAAUGCUUUCUUUGAAAUAAAUGUACUGCUCAAAGCUGUGUGUUCCAAUAAAGAUGUUCUAUGUAGCACCAGC